AUGAGAUUUGGUUGUGUAGGACAUGGUGAUAGUGAAGAGACUCCAUGCGAUGUGGUAAUACUGGCCACGGGUUAUAAAUUAACAUUUCCAUUCAUAUCGCAAGACCUAAUCUCUACCACCAACAACAAGGUUGAACUAUUCAAAUAUGUGUUCUCACCGGCGCUGACACAUCCCAAGACACUGGCCUUCAUAUCGCUAAUACAACCGAUCGGUCCGAUUGUGCCGAUCGGCGAAUUACAGUCGCGAUGGUUCGCCCAACUCAUGGCCGGCAAGCGAUCGCUGCCCAGCCGUCAGGAGAUGAGGGCCGACAUCGCUGUGAAACGACAGGCGAUGAAACGCUACUACGAGUCGGAGCGGCACACCAUUCAAGUGGAUUGGCUUAACUUCAUGGACGAGUUGGCACAACAGGUGGGCGUCAAACCAAACAUUACGAAAUAUUUUUUCACCGACAAGGAGUUGUGGCGGGCGCUCAUGUUUGGCCCGGCGCUGCCCUACCAGUACCGGCUCGAAGGUCCGCACUCGUGGUCCGGCGCCAGAGAGGCCCUACUGUCCGCUGAGGAGCGCAUUGACUCUCCGUUGGCCACAAAACAACCUGUUGUUCGUGAUAGUCGUGACAAAUAUAAAAUAUGUCUACUCUACACCUAA